AUGGCAUCAAAUCAUAUUCAAGCUCAACUAGAUUCUCUUAACCUGCCCCAAAAAACUGUUGAUUCAAUUUCCCAACAUAUUUCUGACAUCUUAGUCUCAGUUUUCACAGCUUUUAAAGCAAAAGCCCUCUUCAAGCCACCUUCAGUUCCAAAGAAACUGAAACACCUUUCAAAUUCACGUCAAACUCCCUCCCCUACUCUCAACGAAAAAAUAAAUAAGCUUGAUUCUUCAUUAGAAGAAAUUGAGAAAACUAAAGCAGCUAAAAAACUUGCAAAAAAACUAGCUAAAGAAAUGCAAGAGAGAGAAAAACGAAGGCUCGAAAGAGAAAAAGAAAUGCUUGUUAAAGAAGAACAAGAAAGGCUAGAAUACGAAAGGCUUAAAGAGCUAGCUUUGAAGCAGGAAGAAGAAAAAAAAGCACAAAGGCUAAAGGAGUUAAAAGAAAAAUCAGAUGCAAGAAAAAGAGAAAUCGCAACAAUGAAAGAAAUAGGAGAAACUGAAUAUAAAAAAGUUAUAUCAGAAAAACCAUUAUUUAAAAAGAUCCAAGAUAAUUAUCAGCAAUCUGUCCUUAUGCCAGAGCUAGAAAAGAAAAAAGCAGAACUAGCAAAAAAACGAAAUUUAUUUAAGCCUCUAGACCAUUAUGAUUUAGUUGAGCAUUCACGACAUCAUGAUGAAAUUAUGCAAGAGUUUGAUGAGCGCAGAAAGCAAAAUCUGAAAAAUAGGUCUUUAGAGCAUAAAAUGAAUGCAGCGUCUUUAAGCUUGAAAUCAAGAUUUACUGAUACAAUUUUAGAAGAAGAAAAAAAGAAAAAAGAAGAAUUUGAGAAAGAAGGAAUAAAUAAAAAAAUUUUGUAUGAUAAAAAGCUUCAAUAUGCAGAGCUGGUUAAGGAAAUGUUUCAGCCUUCUAUUGACCCUUAUAAGAAGCAUGAAAUGCAGCUUAUUGUGGAAAGGCUAAAGCAUAAUGCAAUAGUAAGGUCUACUAUUUAUACCAAAUCAUCUAGGAGUGUAUCUGAGCGAAGAUCAGAUAGUUCUAGAGAAAAAGAGACAAAAUCUGUUUUGGGUAAAAAAUGAAAAGAAAAUCCUAUGAUUCCUAAACCAAAACCCAAAAGGGAGCCCAUUUUUGUGGAUUAUUUAGGAGAGAGAAGGAAACUAAGGGGAAGCGAGCCGAGAUCAGAAAUACAAAAAAUUGAUUGAGAAGAUGACCUUUAUGAUGAAAAUUUAACAGAAGAAGAAAAGGCUGAAAAAUUAAAAGCAAAAGCAGCCAUGAUGGAAAAAAUAGCCAAGAGGAACGAGACUAAGAUAAAUGGAGCAAAUAGUCUGGAAGUGGCAGACCAAGUAGAUGAAAUGUAUAUCAACUCAAUCAAAGCAAAAUUGGCUGUUUUAGAAAAAGUUUAA